AUCAGAUCAGAUCUGCCUAACAACGUCUUAAAAGAGUCAACAACUUUUCAAACCAGAAUUGAGCUCGUCGCUCGUGGCAGCCAGCACCAGUGCACCACCGAGGCAGAGAGCAGACGCCAGACGGCAACAACCUCCAUUCACUGGGAGAGAAAGCGGCAAAGCAACCAACUCACGCGGCGUCUUUCAUUUCCAGUUUCCCCCUCCCACCAACCCACGACGCCAUGGCCGACGCCGCGCCCACCGUCUCCAAGUCGCCGCCGGCGCUCGUCCCUCCGGUGGGGCCCACCCCACGGGGCGCGCUCCCGCUCUCCUCCAUCGACAAGACCGCCGCCGUCCGCGUCUCGGUCGACUUCAUCCAGGUCUUCCCCCCGUCCACCGACGGGGCCAGCGCCGGGGACCAGGUGGCCGCGAUGCGCGACGGGUUCGCGAGGGCGCUGGUGCCCUACUACCCCGUCGCCGGCCGCAUCGCCGAGCCGACACCGGGCGACCUCGUCGUGGACUGCACAGGCGAGGGCGUCUGGUUCGUGGAGGCCGCCGCGAGCUGCUCGCUCGCCGAUGUCAACGGCCUCGAGAGGCCGCUGCUCAUUCCCAAGGGGGAACUCAUCCCUCGCCCUCCGCCCGAGGAGAAGCUCGAGGACCUCAUCCUCAUGGCCCAGGUCACGAAAUUCACCUGCGGUGGAUUCGCCGUGGGGAUCUGCUUCAGCCACCUGGUUUUCGACGGGCAGGGCGCGGCGCAGUUCCUCAAGGCGGCGGGCGAGCUUGCCCGUGGCCUCCCAGCGCCGUCGGUGGCUCCGGUGUGGGACCGCGACGCGAUCCCGGAUCCACCCAAGCUGCCGCGCGGCCCGCCGCCGUCGUUCACGGCGUUCAACUUCGUGACCCAGGUGGUCGAGAUCUCGCCGGAGAACAUCGCGCGCAUCAAGGAAGACUUCAAGGCCGCGACUGGUGGGGAGACCUGCUCCACCUUCGACGCGGUGACGGCCGUGGUGUUCAAGUGCCGCGCUCUGGCGGUGGAGCUCCCGGACACCGCCGAGGUCCGUCUCGGCUUCGCUGCCAGCACGCGGCACCUCCUCCAGGGCGUGCUGCCGUCGGUGGACGGCUACUACGGCAACUGCGUGUACCCUGUGGGGAUCACCCGGAGCAGCAAGACCAUCCGGGAGGCGGCAUUGACGGAGGUGGUCGGUGUGAUGCGGGAGGCCAAGGAGGCGCUCACCGUGCGGUUCACCGACUGGAUGCGCGGCGGCGCUAAGGACGACCACUACAAUGUGCCUUUGGACUACGGCACCGUGACUGUGUCGGACUGGAGCCGCGUUGGGUUCAACGAGGUGGACUACGGCUUUGGUGAGCCUGGGUACGUCUUCACGCUCAACGACGAUGUCAACAUCGUUGCGUCAGUGAUCUACCUCAAGCCGCCGACGCCCAAGCGCGGGAUCCGGCUCAUGCUCCGCUGCGUGGAGGAGCCACACGCUGCCGUGUUCGCCGACGAGAUCGCCAAGUACGCCUAGCUAGACUGUUCUUGGCAAUUGGCCAUGUCUAUGCUCAUGUGUGUAACCGCUCUUGCAGUAUCUAUUCACACUUCACAUUGGUGUGUGCAAUGUUUUCAUUUGGGUUACAGUUUGGUGCUUGUGCAGCUACAGAAACACUACAAUUUGUAAUGUGUUGAUUUCUUUUCAAUGUGGAUAAUUUUAGACUUGCAGCAACAAGAUUGAAAUAAUAUCCAGAUUCCAGAUUA